AUGCCUUCUUUCACUACAAUCAGAUCUCUUCUUGGACUAUUCUUGACGUUGUCCCUCGGCUCUUCAGCAGCCGACAGCGCAUCCAAGAAGCCCAAACCAUUGACUCUCAAUUUCGGCUCCUUCAGCAAUCGGACGAGCUAUGUAAUCGCCGCCGAGCUUGGCUACUUCAAUGACGUCGGCCUUAUUGUCAAUCAAACAGGGGUAGCUGGCUCGAUUGUCGCAUACCAGAACCUGCUCGACGGUGGUCUCGAUGUCCUCGAAGGCACUAUUGACAACAUCCUCGACCGGCGCUUCAACCAAGGACAGCAAUUCUCUGCAGUGGCGCAGACUGACCAAGGCGAUGGCCUGACUCUCUUCGGCUCCCCAGACAUCACCUCCAUCCAACAAUUCCGCGGGAAGACGCUACUGGUAGACAGCCCGACCAGUGGUUACGUUCUUCUAGCGAGGCGGAUACUCAGCUUGUAUGGGCUGCAGUACCCAGACGACUACUCGUUCGCAGCAGUAGGUGCCCAACGCGUUGCUCAACUCCUCGCCGGCGGCGCCGCAACCAUAUUCCCCUACCAAGUCCUCGCGAACCUCAUCGCCGCCGCCGCUCCCGCCCCCCAAAAACCCAACAUCCUCGCCCGAGCGCAAGACUUCGUAAACCCCUUGUCCGACCUCGUCUUAACCGUCGCCUCCAGCACGCUCACAAACCCCAACGGCGACAAAUAUCUCGCAAUCCAACGCUUCGUAACCGCCCUUCUACGCGCAAACGCCUAUCUCGCCAAGCCCGCCAACAAGCGGAAAGUGAUACAGCUGCUACAGAGGAGUGGUGGAUACUCGCCUGCUGCUGCUGCUGAAGCGGUCUAUGGAUAUGUGACGGAUCCGGCUGUUGGGGAGAUCGCGACGGAUCAGAUGGGGAGAUUCGAUGUUAGUAGGCAGGGCUUGCUUAAUGUUAUCGAUGUUCGGAAUCAGUUUGGUGGGUUUGCGGGCGUGGCGGAGGGCUUUGAUUUUGUUGAUGCGAUCACCCCCGGGCCGGGGAAGUUGAUUGAUUAUGCUUUGAGGGAUAGAGCGUUGAAGGAUGUGUAG